CUGCUGUAAGUUGGUCUCGUGAGUAAAGACACAGUCGCCACUUCCGUGAAUUGACGAGAGGGUCAUCACCGCAACAAAAAAGACGAAGGGAUCGAGAAGGAAAACCAAAGUUGCAUGCAUAUGCUCGAUUCUUCAGGGUUCUCUUCCCUAAGAGAAGAUAUCCUAUUAGUUAUUGUAGGCUCAAUUAGAGAGAAGAGAAUGAACCGCGAUGAAGACGGUGAUUUCGUUUCCUCCAAGUCUCAUAGAUGACUGCUUGCCAAGCAAUUCGAGCCAAGAACUGGUGUUGGGUUGAGCCUGAGAUGGCGUUAAGAGUAUCAUCCCAAGACUGAGAAGGCAGAGAUAACUGGAGUUUAGACGAGAGGCGCCCAGAUUGAAGGAGUGAAGCCGCAACAGAAGAAGAUGUGGUUCCGAGAUUCCGGAUAGAAGGCAAGAAGCAUCUGUAUGGAGACCCCACGACAAGUGAGAGUUUUAUGUUUUGGUGAUUGUGGACAUGUGAAUCUGGAUUUGUUCCAGGAAGACCCAUUCCAAAUAGAUGCUAAGGUCGCAGAUGGGGAUACCAGAUAAUCUUGGACCAUUGGCGCCGACGAACUUGAUAAGAGGACCAAUGGGAGUACCAGAAUCUGAUGGAGGAGCCAUCCCUGGUUUAAUCUGUAACCAUUGAGUUGCUUCAUGCCUCAGUCCUAAGAACCUUUUGAAAAGCCAAGAGCCUAAACAUACACGCCUUGUUCCACACACGGAUGUCUUUUAAGCCCAGUCUUCCUUCUGCUUUUGGAGAGGUGACUGUUUCCCAAGCUACACGGGCGACAUAUCUUCCUUCAAGAGUCCCUUUCCAAAGGAAAGCUGAACACAUACUAUUGAUCUGAUUUAUGCACUCUAUAGGGAGAAUAAAACCCGCGCACCACAAGUUAAUGAUGCCCGAUAUAACUGAGCUUAGGAGCUGGAGUCUACCCGCUAAUGAAAGCUUUUUUUGUAGAAAGAGCAAGUCCAAGAUACCGCACCGGGAGGAAGCCCUGGUUUAUUCCUGAGAUGUUGACUAGAUACCGACUCUCUUCUUUCUCCUCCUCUUCUUACCGUCCGUCUGCGUCACUGCAAACCGAUCCGAGGUCUUUGUUUACCCGUUCUUCGAAUCCAUAGGAGGAUUUCUAGUUGGGAAAUUAUGUUCACGAAGUUCCAGACGAAGAGUAACAGAGUUAAGGGCCUCACCUUCCACCCUAAGCGACCAUGGAUCCUCGCCAGUUUGCACAGUGGUGUGAUCCAGCUCUGGGAUUAUCGUAUGGGUACUUUGAUCGAUCGGUUCUACGAGCACGAAGGUCCUGUUCGUGGUGUUCACUUUCACAAUUCUCAGCCUCUAUUCGUCUCCGGAGGUGAUGAUUACAAGAUUAAAGUUUGGAACCACAAAACACACAGGUGCCUCUUCACCCUUCUCGGCCAUCUCGACUAUAUCCGCACUGUCCAAUUUCACCACGAGAACCCGUGGAUUGUGAGUGCUAGUGACGAUCAGACUAUCCGCAUAUGGAACUGGCAGUCACGGACUUGUAUCUCUGUGUUGACUGGCCACAAUCAUUAUGUCAUGUGUGCUUCUUUCCAUCCUAAAGAAGACCUUGUCGUAUCAGCAUCUCUGGAUCAGACUGUCCGUGUCUGGGAUAUUGGUUCUCUUAAGAAGAAGACAGUAUCUCCUGCUGAUGACCUCAUGCGAUUUACGCAGAUGAACUCUGAUCUUUUUGGUGGUGUUGACGCUAUUGUUAAGUAUGUCCUCGAAGGUCAUGAUAGAGGAGUAAACUGGGCUUCUUUUCAUCCCACUCUUCCUCUCAUCGUCUCUGGUGCGGAUGACCGCCAAGUGAAGCUGUGGCGUAUGAAUGAAACUAAAGCUUGGGAGGUGGAUACACUGCGAGGCCACAUGAAUAACGUUUCAUCUGUUAUGUUCCAUGCAAAACAAGACAUAAUUGUAUCCAACUCUGAGGACAAAAGUAUUCGUGUCUGGGAUGCUACCAAGCGAACUGGAAUCCAAACAUUUCGCCGCGAACAUGAUCGGUUCUGGAUUCUUGCAGUUCACCCUGAGAUUAAUUUACUUGCAGCGGGGCAUGACAAUGGUAUGAUCGUGUUCAAACUUGAGAGAGAACGUCCUGCAUUUGCUGUGAGUGGUGAUUCUCUGUUCUAUGCCAAAGAUAGAUUUUUGAGGUACUACGAAUAUUCAACUCAGAAAGAUGCCCAAGUUAUCCCUAUAAGGCGUCCUGGUACACCAAGCUUGAAUCAAAGUCCAAGGACUCUAUCACACAGUCCGACGGAAAACGCAGUUCUGAUCUGCUCAGAUAUGGAUGGUGGUUCGUACGAGUUGUACAUCAUACCGAAAGAUAGUGUUGGCAGGAGUGACGUUGUGCAAGAUGCAAAGAGGGGGACAGGUGGUUCUGCUGUAUUCAUUGCCCGUAACCGCUUUGCUGUUCUUGAGAAAAGCACCAGCCAGGUGCUAGUCAAGAAUCUCAAGAAUGAGGUGGUUAAGAAGAGUUCUCUGCCUAUACCCACAGAUGCUAUCUUUUAUGCUGGGACUGGAAAUUUGCUUUGUAGAUCAGAGGAUAAAGUGGUAAUAUUUGACCUUCAGCAAAGGCUUGUUCUUGGUGAACUUCAGACACCGUUUGUUAGGUAUGUUGUUUGGUCCAACGAUAUGGAGAAUGUUGCUUUGCUCAGCAAACACACUAUCAUUAUUGCGAGCAAAAAACUUGUCCUCCAGUGCACACUUCAUGAGACAAUACGUGUGAAGAGUGGAGCUUGGGAUGACAAUGGUGUCUUCAUCUACACAACUUUGAACCAUAUCAAGUACUGUCUUCCUAAUGGAGAUAGUGGGAUAAUCCGGACCCUGGAUGUCCCUAUCUAUAUCACCAAGGUGUCAGGAAACACAAUCUUUUGCUUGGACCGGGAUGGGAAAAACAGGGCAAUCACCAUCAAUGCAACUGAAUACAUUUUCAAGCUUGCACUGCUGAGAAAGAGAUAUGAUCAUGUCAUGAGCAUGAUAAAGAACUCCCAGCUCUGCGGACAGGCUAUGAUUGCUUACCUGCAGCAGAAAGGAUUCCCUGAAGUUGCCCUCCAUUUUGUUGAAGACGAGAGAGUCCGGUUCAACCUGGCUCUUGAAAGUGGCAACAUCAGCAUCGCUGUUGCAUCCGCUACAGAGAUUAAUGAGAAAGAGCAGUGGUAUAGACUUGGGGUGGAGGCUCUUCGCCAAGGUAAUGCUGGAAUUGUUGAAUUUGCGUACCAGCAGACGAAGAACUUUGAGAGGUUAUCUUUUCUUUACCUCAUUACUGGUAAGUUGGACAAGCUUUCAAAGUUGAUGAAGAUUGCAGAAGUGAAGAACAAUGUAAUGGGUCAGUUUCACAAUGCUCUCUACCUAGGAGAUGUUAAAGAGCGUGUCAAGAUACUUGAGAGUGCUGGUCAUUUGCCUCUCGCUUAUAUCACUGCUUCGGUUCAUGGUUUAACGGACACUGCUGAGCGACUUGCGACUGAGCUAGGAGACAACGUGCCCUCGUUACCUGAGGGGAAAACUCCGUCGCUUUUAAUGCCACCAUCUCCCGUCAUGUGUGGUGGUGAUUGGCCUCUUCUAAGAGUGAUGAAGGGAAUAUUUGAAGGCGGACUUGAGAGUGCAGCCAGAGGAGGGGCUGUUGAUGAAGAUGAAGAAGAUGCUGGUGGUGAUUGGGGUGAGGGACUUGACAUGGUCGAUGUUGAUGGAAUGGAGAACAGAGACAUCGAAGCCAUUUUGGCGGAAGCAGAAGGAGCGGAAGAAGAUAAUGAUGAAGAAGGUGGAUGGGGUGAACUUGAGGGCUUGGACCUCCCACCAGAGCUUGACACUCCUAAGGCCUCUGCUAACGCACGUUCAUCCGUCUUCGUGACACCUACUCAAGGUAUGCCCGUAAGCCAUAUUUGGAGCCAGAAAUCAUCACUUGCCGCUGAGCAAGCUGCAGCUGGAAGCUUCGACACUGCAAUGCGUCUGCUCAACAGACAGCUUGGCAUAAGGAACUUUGCCCCUUUGAAAUCGAUGUUUAUUGAUUUGUUCAGUGGCAGCCAUAGCUACCUGCGUGCUUUUUCUUCAUCUCCUGUGGUUCCACUUGCCAUUGAACGUGGAUGGAGCGAGUCAAACAGUCCCAACGUCCGUGGCCCACCAGCUCUUGUUUAUGAUUUCUCUCAGCAAGAAGAGAAGCUCAAAUCUGGCUACAAAGCCACAACAAGUGGGAAAGAUGAGAAAUUGACUGAGGCUCUCCGGCUCUUCCUCUCUAUCCUCCACACCAUCCCUCUAGUGGUGGUCGAGUCAAGAAGUGAAGUAGAUGAGGUUAAGGAACUGGUCAGUAUCGCUAAAGAAUAUGUCCUCGGUCUUAAAAUGGAGCUCAAGAGAAGACAGAAGAAAGAUGAUCCAGUGAGGCAGCAGGAGCUUGCUGCUUACUUCACUCACUGCAACCUCCAACUACCUCACUUACGACUCGCGCUGUUAAAUGCAAUGACCGUCUGCUACAAGGCCAAGAAUCUCGCCACUGCCUAUAACUUCGCUAAAAGAUUGCUGGAAACCAACCCAUUGGAGAGCCAUGCCAGAGCGGCUAGACAAAUCGUUCAAGCCGCUGAACGCAAUAUGACUGAUGCAACCGAGCUCAACUACGACUUCAGAAACCCGUUUGUGAUAUGCGGGUCAACCUAUGUCCCAAUCUACAGAGGUCAGAAAGACGUUUCCUGUCCGUACUGCACCACCAGGUUUGUACCGAGCCAGGAAGGAAACAUAUGCGGGGUCUGUGAUCUUGCAGUCAUUGGCGCAGCCGCAUCUGGUUUGAUAUGCUCGCCGUCUCAGGUCCGGUGAUCAAUUCUCAUCCUCUUCAAACGUGAGGUUCUGUUACUCUUUCGAGUCUUUCAAGUUGUUUCUUAUCUUCAGUGACAACGCAUGAGAGAACUUUAGCUGCUUGGCUUAUAUUUUUCGUUUUGUUUGGUUUUAUAUUUUAAAUUCUCAAAACAUUUCAAUUACGUUUGUUGGAUUUUAAAACUCGAUCAUUAUGAUGAUAGAAUAAUAAUAUAGACGAAUUUUGUUGAGUUAAUAAUGCAUUAUUUUUCUUGGUAA